AGAGCAUGGAAAAUACAAACAAAACAAGAAAAGAGAAAUGUCAGAACAGUAACUAAUUUCGUAAUUUAUUAAAAAGAAAUUGUACGGCCGUAAUCAUUUUAGUUCAGUGAAUGAAGAAGUCGUGCAAAGUAUUCAAACGUAGCAAAAUAUUGCAACAUCGUAAAAUUAUAAAAAACGAUUAGUUAAGCAAACCAAAGCAAAUUUAUAAUCAGUGUGCAGGGCGUGAUAUAAACAAGUGAAAGAUCCAGAAGGUGGAGCUAUUCUAUGUAUUGAGGGAACAUCUGCAAGAUUAAAAAAAAAAAAAACUGAUAAAGAAAAAUAUUUUGACUAAUAGAAAAUUGAAGAUUUUGUAAACCUAUUUACUAAAAAGUUGUAAACGUGUCAGCAGAUAUAGCAAACAAUCGAUGUGUGUAUUAUUCAGCUCGCCCGGAGCUGAAAACUUUUGCAGCCGCUGCGGAGUACUAGGAACCAGCGUGUUCAGUUCGACCACCCACUGCUCACAGGACAUCAUAGCUCAAUUCCUGCAAAUUCAUAAACAAAAGAUUGCUACAAAACUGGCUUAAGAGUGUUUGCAAUGAGCCGUCUUCUCGAGCAGCCCAGCAUUGCGAUGUCCCUUAAGUCGUCGUCAGGUAGUCAAUUAACUUCGGGUGCUGCAGUUGGCGGCAAUGCAACUGGAUUAAACGUCAGUACCACAGAGGCUGCAGUACAAAGCCAAACAGAAGCGAAUACCAAACAAUUAACGGUAACCAGCACAACGGCGAAUAAUAAUGCCAACACAAUUUUCGAUGAAGUUUUCAUUAGUUUGGUUUCCGGUUCAGCCGCUGGAGCUUUAGCGAAAACCACUAUUGCGCCGCUGGAUCGCACGAAAAUCAACUUUCAAAUUAGUAAAAAUGUUCCCUACUCAUUCAAGGCUGCGGUAAACUUUUUGAGAAAUACCUACGAAAAAGAGGGUAUCUUGGCGUUAUGGCGCGGCAAUUCGGCUACAAUGGCACGCAUUGUGCCUUAUGCAGCCAUACAGUUUACGGCACAUGAACAAUGGCGGAAAAUACUACAAGUGGAUAAGGACGGCAGCGACACUAAAGGCAGACGUUUUAUAGCUGGAUCCUUGGCUGGCAUAACUUCUCAGUCGUUGACAUACCCACUCGAUUUGGCACGCGCCCGCAUGGCUGUCACAGACAAAUACACUGGCUAUAAAACACUUCGUCAAGUUUUUGUCAAAAUUUGGGUGGAAGAAGGGCCACGCACUCUUUACCGAGGUUAUUUUGCAACCGUACUGGGCGUGAUACCAUAUGCAGGAGUAUCCUUCUUCACCUACGGCACACUUAAGCGUGAAUAUUAUGAGGUGACAGGAAACGCUAAACCGAAUACUCUAGUCUCACUGGCAUUUGGUGCUGUUGCUGGUGCAGCGGGUCAGACUUCUAGCUAUCCGUUGGACAUAGUGCGUCGGCGAAUGCAAACAAUGGGUGUCAAUAAAGGCGCUAAUAAUCAAUAUCGCACCAUAUACUCAACACUGAAGAAGAUUUACAAGGAGGAAGGUAUCAAGAAUGGCUUUUACAAAGGCCUUAGCAUGAACUGGAUUAAAGGCCCAAUUGCGGUUGGCAUCAGCUUCUCUGCCUACGAUUUAAUUAAGGAAUUUCUUAGGGAAUUAUUCCAUUUGAAACGUGGCCGAUACGAUGCUUAGAUCAUGAAGCUGUUAAUUUUGUAUCUUAAUUUAUAUUUUGUUAUAUAUCUACAUAAUUUUUUUUUUUUUACUUGAUAAAUGGCAAACGGCACAGAACCGUAUAGCGAAGAACUUAUAAUUUAUAAAUUAGUAUUUUUAUACAUUAUUGCUGUUUUCAUAAACCGCGUCAACGUAAAUGGUUCAAUUAUCAAUUCUAGAUAUACAAAUAUAUGUAGGUACAUGCGUGUACGUUCGAGUAUUUUCAGAGCAAUCUGUCAUAUACUAAAAUAUUACCCGUUUAGAUUCGAAUUUGUCGAGAGCCGAGUUUUGUUCCUUUUUAUAUGUGCUAAUAUUUAAAUAUAUAUAACGAAAUGCGAUUAAUUUAAUUUACAUAUGCGAGGGUCGCCACUUAAGUGUU